AUGUCAUUACCUCUCCGCUCCCUAACGCGGACUUUGACCCGCACAUCGCGCACCUGCCACACCCCCUCAAUCGCAACCACCCGCCCGAUCCUCCCGCAAACCCUCCGCCAAAAUGUCUCUGUCACAUCCUCAAGAACAACCGCCCCCUUCUCCACAAGCCCGAUGCGCAGCAAAGCGCGCACAAUGGGCCAGAUCCGCGCGCGCAACGCAACGGGCCCCUUUUCGUGGAAAUCCGCUCUCCUCUUUGUUCUCACGGGUGCCGGAAUGAUCGUUUACUUUCGGGUUGAAAAGGACCGGUUGGAGCGGAAGCGCAUUGCGGAGAUGAGCAAAGGUGUGGGUAAGCCCAAGGUUGGCGGGCCGUUUGUGCUCAAGGAUCUCGAGGGCAAGGUCUUUACCGAGGAGGAGUUGAAGGGGAGGUAUUCGUUUGUUUACUUCGGUUUCACGCAUUGCCCCGAUAUUUGCCCGGACGAGCUGGACAAGAUGGCCGAGAUUAUUGACAAGGUGAAGGAAGCCAACAAGGGAGACAAUGUCUUCUUGCCGGUAUUCAUUACGUGCGACCCUGUACGGGAUACGCCGGAAGUUCUGAAGAACUAUCUGCAAGAGUUCCACAAGGAUAUCAUUGGCUUGACGGGGACAUAUGACCAGGUCAAGCAGGUCUGCAAGGCGUAUCGGGUGUACUUUAGCACGCCAAAGGAUGUGAAGCCUGGGGAUGAUUAUCUGGUGGACCACAGCAUUUACUUUUACCUCAUGGACCCCGAUGGUGAUUUCGUUGAGUGUAUCGGACGGCAGGAUACGCCCGAAUCUGCGACGAAGACGAUCAUGGAGCACAUCAAUGACUGGAAGCGAGAAGGCAAGCCAUUGAAGAAGGACUAG